UCGUCCUCCUUCCUCCUCACAUAUUUAUUCAUUGUCCAAGCCUGUAACUACCGAGUACAGCUGCGGCUUUUCACAGUCCCACAGGGGAGCUACAUGAACAUCCUGUUCGACAGACAUUAACAAAUAAUGGCUACUGAAAACUUCGAACUGACCGGCGAUGCGGACAAAAACGGCGAGGCAGAGGUCCCGCGGCGGGGCCAUGAGAGGCGGCUACACAGAUCCCUGAAUAUGAACCACUAUGCCAAUAAGAAGAGUGCAGCAGAAAGCAUGCUGGAUGUAGCUCUGCUCAUGGCUAAUGCCUCCCAGCUGAAGGCAGUGAUGCAGCAAGGACCAAGCUUCACCUUUUAUGUGCCCCUCAUUAUUCUCAUUAGCAUCUCUCUCACUCUGCAAAUCCUAGUCGGAGUUUUGCUAAUUUUCAUAGUUAAGUGGAAUCUAAACGAUCAAAGAAAUCACUACAGAUUGGACAUUUUGGAGAAUGUGACCACAGCUUUCGUCUUUAUCAUAGUGGUUAUCAACGUCUUCAUUACAGCCUUCGGUGUCCAGCAGCCCAGCUCGAGCGGUUGAUUGUGUUUUAAAAGGCUUUCAAUCUCUGCUGAUCAAUUCAGUAAAGGCAGGACACCCAGACAGGGAGAGACAAGACAUUUAUUCACCAAACUGGCUGGCAUGCAGGUGUAUUUGCUUUUCUGUAAUUCAACCUAUCAGGUCUCAGGAGAACCAGCGAACUCAGAGAAUCAAGUUACAGUAUAUUGUCUGCUGUGUGUGUGUGUGUGUGUGUGUGUGUGUGUGUGUGUGUGUGUGUGUGUGUGUGUGUGUGUGUGUGAAAAGGAGUUCCUUGCUUCUCAGACGAUGGCCAGUCAUGCACAACUUGUGUUGAUCAGUUCUUAUUUCAUGUGGCUGUUAAAUAGUCUGUUACAUCUUCUCAUGCUCAGGUUACUGAUGCAAAUAAAUAAUUGUCUGUCUGCAUAAAACAAACAUCAGGAGCAAUAGUCAGUCACAAUCACUGUGAAGGUUUCCCAAACAACAUAAUAGAAGAACACCUGCUUUUAUUUUGAAGUUCUUAAACAGCUUAGUAUGCCUUUAUGUUUUUUGAAAAGAACAAAACAAACAAAAAACACAAGCACUACAACAGAAUCCAAAGAAAAUUAACCAUGGUGAGUGUAUCAUGAUUCAUCCUGUGUUGCUGCUGCAUGAGGUAUAUAUAUAUAUAUAUAUAUAUAUAUAUAUAUAUAUAUAUAUAUAUAUAUAUAUAUAUAUAUAUAUAUAUAACAGCUUUACUAUUCUAAUAAUUUUUACAGUGAACCUAAACUGCUUUAUUUUUUAAAGAGCUAUGCAAAAUCUUUUGAAAGAAAAAAUGCAACCUCCUAGCAUACACCAUCUCAUUGUUGACCCACCUACGGUUAAGAGUUUUUGGUUUGGUUGUGUCCACCACAUUUCUUAUAGAACUUUCACCUGAAUGACAGAACCCAAAUUAACCAAAAAGAAAAAAAAAGAAAAGAUGUAUUACACCUCAUCAUCAGUGGUUAAAAUAAAACCAAACCCUAACUCAUGAUGGGUUACCGGUGACCUGGUGGAUAUUAACAGGUUAAACUUAGUUCCUUGCCUAUGUUUGUUUCUCUGUUUGUUACUUAUGAAUUAUAUGGUUACUUUAAGACUUUUUUAAAUUCAUUUUUUAAAGGAUCAUUUUUCUUAUCUUUUAAUAAUCUCGUAUUAUACACUGCCUAUUUUAAAACAAUUUGUUAUACAAAAUAAAAUUACAAAACCAUCAA